AUGGUCUUCAAAGUAGCAGAUGUCUCUCUCGCAGCGUUCGGUCGCAAGGAGAUUGAGAUUGCUGAGAAUGAAAUGCCAGGAUUGAUGUUCGUCAGGGAAAAGUACGGACCCUCUAAGCCUCUUUCUGGCGCUCGUGUUGCUGGAUGCUUGCACAUGACCAUUCAAACCGCCGUUUUGAUCGAGACAUUGACUACUCUCGGCGCUGAAGUCACCUGGUCAUCUUGCAAUAUCUUCUCGACCCAGGACCAUGCUGCCGCUGCCAUCGCUGCAACUGGAGUCCCUGUCUUCGCUUGGAAGGGAGAAACUGAGGAGGAGUACCAAUGGUGUAUUGAACAGAGUCUUACUGCCUUCCCUGGUGGCAAGUCAUUGAACAUGAUUCUUGACGACGGUGGUGAUCUUACCACCCUUGUCCACGAAAAAUUCCCCCAAUACCUGAAGGACAUCAAAGGUGUUUCUGAGGAGACUACUACGGGUGUCCACCACCUGUACAAGGCUUUCCGUGAGGGCAGGUUGAAGGUCCCAGCCAUCAACGUCAACGACUCCGUCACGAAGUCCAAGUUCGACAACUACUACGGAUGCCGGGAAUCUCUUGUUGAUGGUAUCAAGCGUGCCACUGAUGUCAUGCUUGCCGGCAAGGUUGCCGUUGUUGCUGGUUACGGUGAUGUCGGAAAGGGAUGUGCUGAAUCACUGCGUUCAUACGGCGCGCGUGUUAUCGUUACGGAAAUCGACCCCAUCAACGCCCUGCAAGCUGCGAUGGCUGGUUACGAGGUGACGACCAUGGACGAUGCCGCUCCGCGUUCAAAUGUCUUUGUUACCACCACUGGUAACCGUGAUAUCAUCACUGGCAAGCACUUCUUGGUUAUGCCCGAGGAUGCUAUUGUUUGCAAGUGCGUACAGUAUCCAUUACUUUGCAUCGGUCACUUCGAUGUUGAAAUCGAUGUUGCAUGGUUGAAGGCCAACGCCAAGCAGGCUGUCAAUGUAAAGCCUCAGGUUGACCGCUUCACAAUGCCUUCCGGUCGUCACAUCAUCCUCCUCGCUGAGGGUCGUCUCGUAAACUUGGGUUGUGCCACCGGCCACCCGUCCUUCGUCAUGUCCUGUUCCUUCGCGAACCAGGUGUUGGCCCAGAUUGCUCUCUGGACCACCCCAGAGAAAUUCCCCCUCGGCGUUCACAUGCUGCCCAAGGAGCUGGACGAGGAGGUUGCUCGUGCUCACCUUGCUCAGCUCAACGUCAAGUUGACUGAGCUCAGCACCGAGCAGUCUGAGUAUCUUGACAUCCCUGUCCAAGGUCCAUACAAAGCUUCGCACUACAGGUACUGA